GAUAAACAUGGAAUAAAGUCGCUAAUUUCCUGCACGGAGCUAUAUCGAGGGCGGACCAACGAGAUCAGGUGCUAGCGGAACUUCCGGUCUGAGCUCAGCAAGCCGUGCGGAGAAACAGUUAACUGAGUGUUCCAGCUUCCUCAGUGCCACUGCUCGGGUCAUAAACAGUUUAUCUGCUCAUCACAUCCAGCCAACAACAUCCCUGUGGCCAGAAACUGCCUCUGAUUAAAGUUGUGAACUAGAGCACCGUUCCUCACGUGCACGAUGCCGAAGAAGAAGACCGGCGCUCGCAAGAAGGCUGAAAACCGGAAGGAGCGAGAGAAACAGAACCGAGCCAACAGAGAGCACGUCGACGUCGCAAAGCAAGCGUGCAACUCCUCCAUGGACUGUGAUAAAUGUCUGAGACGACAGAAGAACCGAGCGUUUUGUUACUUCUGUGGGUUGGUGCAGAAGCUCCCCAUGUGCGCUCAGUGCGGUAAAACGAAGUGCAUGAAGUCUUCAGACUGUGUGAUUAAACACCCUGGUGUCCACAGCACGGGCAUGGGCAUGGUGGGAGCGAUCUGUGAUUUCUGCGAGGCCUGGGUGUGUCAUGGAAGGAAGUGUCUGAGCACUCACGCCUGUUCCUGUCCCCUGGCUGAUGCAGACUGCAUCGAAUGUGACCGCAGUGUGUGGGAGCAUGGAGGCCGCAUCUUCCGCUGCUCUUUCUGCCACAACUUCCUGUGCGAGGAUGACCAGUUUGAGCAUCAGGCCAGCUGCCAGGUCCUGGAGGCAGAGACUUUUAAAUGUGUCUCGUGCAAUCGCCUUGGCCAGCACUCGUGUCUCCGAUGUAAGGCCUGCUUCUGUGAUGAGCACGCUCGAAGCAAAGUGUUCAAGCAGGAGAAAGGCAAGGCGCCUCCGUGUCCUAAGUGCGGCCACCAAACGCAGGAGACUAAAGACCUCAGCAUGUCCACUCGGACUCAUAAGUUCGGCCGGCAGACCGGCGCCGACGACGACUACUACGGAGCGUCGGGAUACGAUUCCUACUGGAAGAGCACCUCAUCCGGAGGAGCUGCAGACCAGGAAGAUGACGACGACGACGAAGAUUACGAGGACGACGAAGAGGACGAGGACGACGACGAGGAGGAAGACGAGGAAGAAGACGAAGACGAGGCUGAAGCGGUGGAUUCACUCGGCAACCUGAGCCUCGGUGUGAGCUCGGCCGGCGGAGACAAGUGAAAUCAAAUUAGAUUAAAUUGGAUUAAUGGAUUUCCAAUGUUUAUGGCCAUUAUAUUAUUAAAGAUUAACUUUUAAAAAUCACACAA